GGAGAGGGAGGUCCAAUCCCAUACAAGGCUUGAGCGCAGAAGGAAAAAACAAGAGAGUAUUUGCAGGAUAUUCUCACAGCAGGAUGUGUAGCGGAGCAGAGAGAGACGGAGGAGCACAUGCAGCUGUAGUGAGACGCUGAGGAGACCAGCAUGAGACCGUCAGCAGCAGAGAACAGCACAGGAGCAGCACACUACUGAGCAUCAUGGGCACGCGUCUCUGGAUACUGAUGCUCGUGGUGAACCAGGUCUCUCCGUACAGACAUCCAGCAGAGCCUUCGCCCUGUCAAGUGGUCCACGAGGAUGUCGACUGCAGCAGUCUGAACCUCAGACGGGUCCCGGCGCAGCUGCCGGCCUUUAUCCACCUACUCGAUCUGUCUCGAAACCUCCUGCAGAACCUCACGGGCCGGGAGCUUCCGGCGCUCUCCAGCAUCCAGCAUCUGAACCUCCACGCCAACAAGAUCCAGUUCAUCCAGCCGGGCCUGUUCCAGGACACGAGCCGUUUGGAGGUGCUGGAUCUAUCGGGAAACUCGCUGGACCUUUACGCGGCUCUGAAAACUCACAUCGGGCCGCUCAAAUCACUCCAGCAUCUGGAUUUGUCCGGAAACGGUCUGUUCACGGAUAUGAGCGACUAUUUCCUGAGCGACGCCCCGGUCCUCACCAACCUCUCUUUAGACGGGAACAGCAUUACUAAAAUAAGCAGGCACACAUUCAACGGAUCUCAGGCUUUAAGAAACAUCGACCUACACAAUAACGUCAUCGUAGAAAUCGAAGAAGGUGCUUUCGAGUCGCUGACGGGGCUCUCAGAACUCGAUCUGUCGGUGAACUCCAUUUCAUGCAUCACGGACUUCAACCUCGUUCAGCUCAAAACGCUAAACUUGAGCAAAAACAGCCUGACUAACUUCCAGACCGUUGAUUCAGAUCUGGAGUUCAAGCUUCUGUAUCUGGACCUGAGGGAAAAUAAAAUCCUGUACUUCCCCGUGCUUCCCGAGAGGAACAAACUCAUGUACCUGGACCUGUCCAGAAACCUCUUGAGAAGCGUGAACUGCUCCGGUCCGCUAGAAGAGCUGGAGAACCUGAAGGCCAGUGGGUAUCUGUUCACUGACCACGACAAACCCCUUUGCCUUUGCGUCAAUCAGAGGCACCAGGAUCUUCCCAGGUUGCUCUACUUGGACUUGAGCUACAACCAGCUCAAAGCGAUUCCGUCCUCAUUCUUCAGCAGCAUGGUUUCUCUGGAGAGCCUAAACAUCAGCAACAACUGUUUAGAGAGCUUCAGUGUGGAUUCAGAAGGCCGUCUGAACGCGUUGAAAACCUUGGACAUUAGCUACAACAACCUGCAGAACUUGUCCUUCGGCGAGAGCACGCUGGCUGCGUUGGAAGUCUUGCACCUUCAGGGAAACGCUCUGAGCACGCUAGACGCCGGGAUUUUCUCAAGGCUCCCCAACAUACGAAGCCUUCACCUUCAGCAAAACCUGUUUAGCAUCUGUCCUUCGCUCAAGGGUUCAAUGCACGACUGCAUCCGACUGUCCUCUAUCCCGACCCUGAGCUAUCUGUACCUCUCGGAGAACAGUCUUGCAUCGGUUCCACCAGGCGCGUUUCGCGGAACCCCGCUGCUUAUUCUGGAUCUUUCUCAGAAUGCCGACAUGGGCUUGGGCCCGUCAUCUCUCUCAGGUUUGGAGACGACCCUCGCCCAUCUUUCUCUAAGAGGAAACCAGCUCCAAACCCUAGCCGUCGACUUCACCUUCUUCCGGAAACUCAAGUCUUUGGAUCUGUCAGUGAACCGACUCACGGGGGUCUCUCUCUGGAGCGGAGAUUCUUCUGUGGAGUCCUUGAACCUGCAGAAUAACAGUUUGGUCACGCUCGCAUCCGACACGGUCUUUGCACUGCAGAAAUCGCUCCGGACUUUAUACUUGGGCUCAAACCCGUUGAGCUGCUGCGGAAACCCGUACCUCCUCACGUUACUCCAGCAGGACAGACUGAACGUGCCAGACAUCGCCGCCGCGACCUGCUGGUACACCAGAGACUCGGAGAGCGUUGAGAUCAGCGUGAGCGCCGUGCAAUCGGAGCACUGCGAGUCUGUGGACGGGAAAGUGUUGUGGAUCAGCGUGAUUGUUGUGCUUGCGCUCGGACUGACGCUGGUGUCGGUGGUCGCCUUGAAACUCUGUCACUCAAAGACACACAGAUUCAAAAGAGGCAUCAAGGCUUGAGUCUGCAGACAAAGAAGGAAAAGAAACCGAAGCGUUCUCACCUGACUGUGGUGCCACAUGCAUGACAGCUGGGUUUCAGUAUGUGAUGCGUGGGUGGAUCUGGAACAAGUUCAGUGUCAAAUCCUGAUCACCAUCCUUUGCAUUCACAUAAAUUUGCUAUUUAAACAGAAAUGCAUGCAAUAUUCACAGAAUAAACUGGUGAACAGUGAGGGUCACUCGGGACGUGCUCUUGCAUUCAAAACCAGCUAAAUGCAAGAACACAUCCUGAGUGAACGGCCCCUCAGACUGCACAAAUGAUCUGAAUUAGCAAAACAAAACAUGUUUUUUUUUUUGUGUUAAUACAGGAUAUCUUCUGCAAUUACACUACACUUUCUGAUGCACGCACUUUAUUGAUUGUGAUUUGUGAAUAUGGGAGUGAAAUGUACCUGCAAUGUGUUUGCAUAAUGUGAAAACUGCAUCAACAGAUGCAAGCAGAGGUCAGAUUCACUGGACAGAGUUCUAGAGCGAGACACGUGAUUGCAGGAGUGUGUUUUCAAUAUCGAUGUGGCAUGUAUGUUGUGCAUUAGCCGAAGGAAUUUCAUCGGCCGGAGGAAGUGUUUUUACUGGAACACCUGCAGCAGAGCGUCUCUCAGCGUCGCUUUCCUGUUGUUGAGCUCAGUUUCCUUUCGGUGAACGCAGCAUUGCAUUCGCCUUGAUGAUUUAUUCAUUCAGUCUCUCUCAGUGUCACUGAACUGUGUUGGACUGGUGAUCAGGUUCAGCUCCGCUCCGAACACAAACACACAUCGCCUGCAAUGUUUGUUUGGUCAGUUGGGUCUUUUUUUAGAUAUUUCCAGCCUGGAGCUGAAAUAAGUUUGACCCUGGUGUCUAUAUCAGGCGCGGAUAAAGAUAGACAGGAAAUCCCUGUUGAGGGAAGCGCGCAUCAUCACCGCAGAUAUUAAUAGAGGUUUGUUUCAGAGCUGUUGACGUGCUAAUGACAGCAGCUUCCUCCUGUCCGUCUGAGUCACGGCCACGCCC